AUGUCUGACUACAACAACAUUGCCCAACAAUUUGUUGGAUUUUACUACAACACCUUCGAUACCAACCGUGGUGGUCUCUCCAAUCUCUACCGCGAUGACUCCAUGCUCACCUUUGAGACUGCCUCCAACCUGGGCGCUGCCUCGAUCACUGAGAAGCUGACUAGCUUGCCCUUCAGCCAGGUCCAGCACCAGCUUGCUACCCUGGACGCCCAGCCCUCCCCCGAUGGCUCCAUCAUCGUCCUGGUUACCGGUGCUCUGAAGGUCGAUGACCAGCCCCAGCCUAUGAACUACACCCAGACCUUCGUCCUGAAGCCUGAUGGAGCCGGCAGCUACUACGUGCACCACGACAUCUUCCGCAUCAUCUAUCCCGCUUAA